AUGCUGCUGGUGCUGGUGGUGCUCAUCCCCGUGCUGGUGAGCUCGGGUGGCCCGGACGGCCACUACGAGAUGCUGGGCACCUGCCGCAUGGUAUGCGACCCCUACCCCGCGCGGGGCCCCGGCGCCGGCGCGCGGCCCGACGGCGGCGACGCCCUGAGCGAGCAGAGCGGCGCGCCCCCGCCUUCCACGCUGGUGCAGGGCCCCCAGGGGAAGCCGGGCCGCACAGGCAAGCCGGGCCCACCCGGGCCCCCCGGAGACCCGGGUCCUCCCGGUCCUGUGGGGCCACCGGGGGAGAAGGGUGAGCCGGGCAAGACCGGCCCCCCCGGGCUGCCGGGUGCGGGGGGCAGCGGCGCCGUCAGCACCGCCACCUACACCACGGUGCCACGCGUGGCCUUCUACGCCGGCCUCAAGAACCCUCACGAGGGUUACGAGGUGCUCAAGUUCGACGACGUGGUCACCAACCUGGGCAACAACUACGACGCGACCAGCGGCAAGUUUACGUGCAACAUUCCCGGCACCUACUUUUUCACCUACCACGUCCUCAUGCGCGGCGGCGACGGCACCAGUAUGUGGGCGGACCUCUGCAAGAACGGCCAGGUGCGGGCCAGCGCCAUAGCCCAGGACGCAGACCAGAACUACGACUACGCCAGCAACAGCGUGAUCCUGCACCUGGACGCGGGCGACGAGGUCUUCAUCAAGCUCGACGGAGGCAAAGCUCACGGCGGCAACAGCAACAAAUACAGCACAUUCUCCGGCUUCAUCAUCUACUCCGAUUGAGCUCCCCGCGUC